AUCAACCCUAAAAAAAUGGCGGGAAUAUUUGGCGCCAUAACGCGGAACAGUUUUUUCACAGCCAAAUCUUCAAUCUAUAAAUCAUUCUAUCCAUCUUCAUCGUUUGCUCUACCCUUCAAUCCCAUUCUCUCCAAAUACCCAAGUCAAUACUCUCAUCUCCCUCGAGUCCUCGCAAUGGCCCUGCAAGAAGACCCACAAAUCAACGGUUCCGAAAUCAAAGAACCGUCCCCGAAGAUUCGGAAGCUCGAUCAGAACGGAGAAGACCCAGAAAUCAACGGUUCCGAAAUCAAAGAACCCUGCCGGAAGAUUCGAAAGCUGGAUCAGAAUGGCGUUCAUGGAGACCCAAAACCCUCCAUCACUACUACCCCUCUUUUCAAAGUGAAGAAGCUUUCUGAGAAAGCUGUUCUUCCCUCUAGAGCCUCCUCUCACUCCGCUGGUUACGAUCUUUCUAGUGCAACAGAGAGCAAAGUACCAGCAAGAGGAAAAGCCUUGAUUCCAACAGAUCUGAGCAUAGCAAUACCUGAAGGAACAUAUGCUCGUAUAGCGCCAAGAUCUGGGUUGGCAUGGAAACAUUCGAUUGAUGUUGGGGCUGGUGUGAUCGAUGCGGAUUACAGGGGUCCAGUUGGGGUUAUCUUGUUCAACCAUUCCGACGUUGAUUUUGAAGUGAGGGUUGGUGAUAGGAUCGCACAACUGAUCAUUGAGGUUAUCAUGGUGCCUGAUGUUGCAGAGGUUGAUGAUUUGGAUUCCACUGAAAGGGGUGAUGGUGGGUUUGGAUCUACUGGCGUUUAGAACUCCUCUGUUAAUUGGUAUAUUUUAGGGUUUGGGGUUUCUGACUUUUUGUUUUGAAUCGUUGGUUAUCGUCAAUAAGGGUGUUAUUGGGGUUAUUGGGUUCAAAUGCGUGAGGAUCCUCUUCUUUCUCUUUGGGUAAUUUUGUCGGACACUUGGUUAGCACAAAAGUAUGUAAAACCCUUGAAAUCGAACAACUAAUAUUGCACGACUCUGUUAGUUUCGGUUAUUAAUUUCAGGUUUUAUCAAUGUGCAUUUGGAUAUAAAAUGAAAUGCAGAUACCCGUGUUUGUUUGUA